AUGACGAAUUGUGAACGAAAUAAGCACAUGCUAACAGACAACCUAGCUUGCCCUUCUUGUGGCACAUACCUUGAGACGGUUAUCCAUGUUCUUCGUGACUCUGUUCAAGUUUGGGACAGGGUUAUCCCUCCAACUUUAAGUUCUCAGUUCUUUACAUGGGAUCUUCGAGCCUGGAUUGUGAACAACCUCAAGCAGGAGUUUGUCUUCUUCGAUAUUAUUCGGUCCAGUGAUGUGUUCCUUCGUCGAUGUACCGUUUGGGAAAAAUACUAUGCCAACUACAUACCAAAGUCUUGUAGGACCCAUGAGACCCAACAGACAUUGUGGAGCAAACCUCCUGCAAGCUGGAUGUGUUUGAAUUCAGAUGGAGCUGUGCCCUUGUCCACUGGAGGAGGAUCUAUUGGUGGUGCUAUCCAUGAUUCGAAUGGUUGGUUUAAUAAUUCUGUGCCCAACCGUCUUGCCAAGCUCGCCCCAGCAACUCACUUUGAUCUCAUGCAGUAUGUUUCUCCUCAUCUCCAAGUCAUUGAUCUUCUCGCUCGUGAUUCCUCUGCCGCUCCGAUAGCUAUUACCGUCUCAGAUUUAGACUAA